AUGCCUGGUGCUGGCUACAGCUCUCAAGCUGCUGUUAAUCCCAUCAUAGUAUGUACAUACGCCUCCGGCGCGAAGAUAACCGCCCCCUAUUUUACACCGUUUAAGCCUAAUGGUCUUUGUUCUGACUACAUAUCGAUUAUUAGUAGAUCCACAGAUUUCGAAGUCCACCGCAAUUGGCUCGCUAUCACACACAGCUUGCAUCCUUCCCAGUGGUAUAUAGAAGAUACAUCGGAAUGGACAUUGGACUACCCACCCUUCUUCGCAGCUUUCGAAUGGGUUCUUUCCCAAGUCGCCCAGUUCUUCGACCCGGGCAUGCUUCAAGUCAAGAACCUCAACUACGCCUCCGUUGAAACAGUCUAUUUCCAACGUUUAAGUGUUAUUGUUACGGAAUUAAUACUGGUCCUCUCACUCCGAAGAUUCGUGAAUGUUCAGACAAAUGCCCAAACGAAGAAAGGUGCCAAUAUUAUCGCCUUGUCCCUGCUUCUAUCUCCGGCUUUCCUGAUAAUUGACCAUAUCCAUUUCCAAUACAAUGGGAUGAUGUUUGGGAUCCUCAUCUUCUCCCUAACCGAUGCAUUGACCGACAAUCUUCUCCGAAGCGGCAUUCUAUUCGCCAUUCUACUUUGCUUUAAGCAUAUCUACCUCUACAUCGCCCCAGCUUACUUUGCAUACCUCCUCCGUAGAUAUUGUUUGGGCAAAAAUCUCCUCGACAUCCAAUUUUUCAACUGCAUCAAACUCGGAGUUUCAAUCGUCUCGAUAUUUAGCGUGGCUUUUGGCUACUUUGUAGCGAUCGGCCAAGUCCCCCAACUACUUAGCCGAUUGUUCCCUUUCUCUCGAGGAUUAUGCCACGCGUAUUGGGCGCCAAAUGCUUGGGCAUUAUAUGCCUUCGCAGACCGGAUUCUCAUACACAUAGCGCCGAGGCUUAAUCUAAAUAUCGACUCAGCUAGUUUGGGUUCAGCGACCAGAGGAUUAGUUGGAGAUACCUCGUUCGCCGUUUUGCCAAAUAUUCCACCAAGGGUGACCUUUGUCUUGACUCUAGCUGUUCAACUGGUUUGUCUUGUCAAGAUCUUUUCGAAACCUACACCAAUUAGAUUUAUAGGCGCAGUUACAUUGUGCGGAUUCGCGUCGUUCAUGUUUGGAUGGCACGUUCAUGAGAAGGCCGUUUUGUUGCCAUUGGUACCAUUCAGCCUACUCGCCUUGCAGGAUCGGCGGUAUCUUGGUGCCUUCAGGCCGCUCGCGAUUGCCGGGCACCUUUCAUUGUUCCCACUGGUUUUCAAAGCUGCCGAGUUCCCUAUCAAGUCGGCUUACACGGUCCUAUGGAUUAUGGUAUUUUUCAUGACAUUCGAUACGGUCGUCCCUGUUGCAAAAUCCCAAAGAAUUUUCCUUCUCGAUCGUUUUGAAAUCGUCUACAUGACUAUAGGCGUCCCUCUCAUUCUUUACACCGAGCUCUUUCACUUCGCGAUCUUUGGAUCUAGACUCGAGUUCCUCCCACUCAUGUUCACAAGCGCAUAUUGCGCAUUAGGGAUCCUUGGAAGUUUCCUUGGGUUCUUCGUUCUCUAUCUUACAGAAUAA